AGCUUCGACUGUGAUAUCCAUUGGCCUGUCUAUAAGAACUUGAGCUGUCGUAUUGGCCCUGAAGAUAUGGAAAGAAUAUCUUCGGAUAUGGAGUUUAUCGAACCUAUUAACCUGAUGUGGUGCAAGUACAAGCUUCUCGUGCAACGUCCUACGCAAAAAACCGAAAUGGUGUUAUUCGAAGGAUCUUUCGAUGUUUGUCAAUAUCUACGGGAUAGACGCAUGUCGAAUAAAUUGGCUCAAAGUGUUUUUCUAAACAUGGUUAAAGACAGUAAUAUGCCAAAGGAGUGUCCUUUCCAUGAGGGUUCGCUUUAUUUCCACAAUAUCUACGCGUUGGAUAAUUUACCUGCAUUUCUGCCCGAAAUGGACUUUACGAUGUUCAUUACGUUCUUCGAGCCCAAUACAACAUAUGAGUCGCAUAUUAAGCUUAAGGGAAGCCUUCUAGAGUCUAAUAGAGCACGCUAUAAAAUAUGGCCAUGAAUUUGUGAAAAUAUAUAGAAAAAAGGCAAAAACAAAAACAAACC